AUGGAAGAAUUUGAAAAUGAGAAUUUCGCAAUAUUCAGAGACUGUCUUUCAGCAACUCUCCUCGAAACACGGAAUACCAAGUCAGAGCCAAAGCGACGGCGAAGAUCCAAAGCAAAUGUCGUGAACAAGUCCGCGCAGCUCAGCUCACAGCAAGAGGCAGAGGAGCUGGCUGAUUUUAUCGACUACCUUGCCCACGAAAUCUUUGAAAACUUGCCCGAUGACCUCCAGGAGAUUGAUCACCGCUCAUGGCGAGACUCGCAGAGCCUCCAAGACCAAUUCUCCCUGCCACUGACCGUGGACAGCCUGGAGACGCUGAAUCUCCCUCUGUCAAUAUCAGAGACUCUCCGAACAUACAGCCUCAUCUCGCCUGACCCGACCGCAUCGUCACCGCUGCCGGCGACGGCAGAGGGCUUUAUCCUGCCCGCGCUCUCCGCCUACCUCUCCACGCUGACCGCCGCGCCGCCCGCCACGCGCGAGACGCGGGCGGACGAGUGCGAGAUUUGCGGGCGGUCGUGGAUCCCGCUCUCCUACCACCACCUGAUCCCGCGGUUCGUCCACGACAAGGCGGUCCGGCGCGGGUGGCACAAGAAGGAGGACCUGCAGAACGUGGCGUGGCUGUGCGGCGCGUGCCACCGCUUCGUGCACAAGUUCAGGAACCACGAGGAGCUGGCGAGGGACUACUACACGGUCGAGCUGCUGCUGGCCGAGGAGGAGGUGCGGCAGUGGGCGAACUGGGCUGCCAAGCUGCGGUGGAAGGGUGGAGGAGUUCGUCGUCGCUGA